GUAGCGCCUGGCAGCCCACUCCGGCUGCUGGCGCAGCUGAGCCCGGCGGCUGCAGCGAGGGGAGCGAGGCAGUCGUGGCUGUUUGGCUUUCCUGCGCUGAUGGAGAAGCACUCAGUGAUGGCCGAGAGCACAGCUGUGACUGCAGCAGUGACAGGGAGAGCAGCACCAACAAAGCUAGAGGAGCUCCUGGAGAUCACUGCUCAGAGCCUGGUGCACACUGAGGUGUCAGAGCACUACAAGGUUAUUCGGGAGCUGGGCAGGGGCAAGUACGGCCAUGUGAUGCUAGUGACCCACAGGCAGAGAGGGACUCCUAUGGCUCUCAAGCUGCUCCCCAAAGCCAGUACAAAGCUGCACACCUUUCUGUAUGAGUAUUGUGUAGCACUGUCCCUCGCCACGCACCCUGCCAUCAUUGGCAUGUUUGGAAUUGCCAUUGAGUCCAGCCAGUACUAUGGUUUCCUCUAUGAACCAGCGCUCCACAAAGACCUCAUCUCUAUCAUCAAACCCCGCGAUGGGAUUCCUGAGCUGGCCACAAAGCAGUGUGCCAAGCAGCUCGUGAGUGCGCUGGAGUUCAUCCACAGCCGGGGGCUGGUGUACCGUGAUAUCAAGCCUGAGAAUGUGCUGCUUUUCGAUCCCGACUGCCGGCUCGUCAAACUUACUGACUUUGGGCUCACACGGCCCAAGGGUACCAAGCUCAAGCUGGUGGCUGGGGUAAUCCCCUACACUGCACCCGAGCUGAGCAACAUUGCUGAUGCUCAGGGAGUGCCCAUUGACAGCAGCAUGGAUGCCUGGGCCUUCGGGGUGCUGCUUUUCUGCCUGCUGACUGGCUACUUCCCCUGGGAGCAGAGCCUGCCAGAGGACCCUUUCUUUGAGGAUUUCAUGCAGUGGCAGGAGACAGGCCUGGAAAAUGAUGUGCCCCGGCACUGGAAGCGCCUGACAGCCGAGGCUGCUGGGAUGCUGCGGGGCCUGCUGGCUCUAGAUCCCACCAAACGUAGCCCUGUCAGUGGGGUGCUGUGCUAUGUUGACUGCCCUUGGAGGCUGGAGGGUGGGCACAGUGAGGAGGCUGCUGUGAAGUCCUAGAUCCUGCUCCCCAUGGCAGGAGGGAAGGAGGGUCUCAGCCUGCAAAGGGCCUUCAGGGUUUGGGCACCAUGGUGGCCUGGGAAUGAGAGGCCAUGGUGACUCAGAGAGAAACUUCUCUGCAGCACUGUCCCUGCUGCCACAGUCAAGCUUCUUCCCCAGAUGAUUGUCCUCACCCCAUGACUCAGUGCUGCCCAGUGCCACCUCCUGUGUUCUGAAAACAUCUUUCUCAUAGAAAUGACUGUGUGUGAAGCAUCCAUUUGUUUCAUAGCCACAGGAACUCCAGGGAGUUAUUUAGGCUGCAGCACCUGCCAUGUCUCAAAAUAUGUACUUUUGUGUUUCUGUAUGUCGUUUGUUUUCCCUCAUAAUAAAUGAUUGUUGGGACACACUUGCUGUUGGAAAGCAGGGAGCAGGUUAGAACUUGGAGCUAUCUCAGGACAAGCUGUCCAAGGCAGGGGCCGUCUCUGAAUGCUGCCUGUGCCUGCACCAGGACCCCUGGAGGGUGGCUUCAGGCUGGUGGCAUGGAGGGGCUGGGGAGACCCCAGCACGUGGCCAUGGAUGACGGCUGAGGAAUGGUUAUGGUAUUGAGGUUAUCUCAUGCCUGCCCAAACACACCUCUUCCCUUGUACUGCCUUCAGGUCCUAAGACAAUGUCUUUCAUGAUCUUUUAGAUGCCUCAUUACCCCUCUAGAAGACCUUCCUUCUCCCCUCUCCUCUCCCUUCUUUAACCCUUCUCUAGACACAGACCUCUCCUAAUGCCCCAGUAUCCUCCUAGGUGCACAUUUUAAUCCUGAAAAGGAGUAGCAAAGAGGGAAUUAAGGGUUAGUAGCACUUUUUACUUUUCUACAUCUUUUCAAUACCCAGGAUUUUGCUGUUGGUAAUAAUCCCUUCCUGCACUUAACCCAGUCUUUUGCUGGAAACAUCCACAGCUCAUUUUCCACUCUAUAACUUCUAAAAAUGCAGUGUCCCAGUACUAUACUUUCUAGUAUUUCAGCUUUUUUUUCAUCUCCGGUCCUUUCCUGCACAUGCUCUUUCUUUUAUGCUUCCCCAACCUCCAGGUCUUUUUUUUUCCAGCUUCUUCUCACCCACUGGCAUUUUAGUAUUAACUUCUCUACUAGCACUAUCCAUCAGCUGGUGAACACCUUUUGCUUGCUUCUCUCUCAGCAACAUCACGUCUGUAUUACUAUUUUGUGCUGUUCCUGCUCCCUGCAUCACUUAUGCCUUGAGUCUUCCUUCCAACUCCCCAACCUACCUUACCAAACAGCGUUAUGCUCACACUGUCCAGGAUACAAUUUUCUUCUGCUUACUUCCAUCUCAGAAUCUUUCAUUACUUGAAAUCAUAAUAAAUUCUGCUCAACUCCAGCUUGCUGAAAUUUGGCUUUGAAUGUUAAGGUGCCAACACAGCUCCUAUAUUUCAAGUGGAGAAGCUUUAAGACCAGUGGAUCUAAAGAACAGGUAGCUGGUAACUAUCCAGUGAAAAAUAAUGGAAAUUUUUUUACAGAUGCUUGCUAAUGGACAAUUACAGAACAGGAAUGUGGCUUUUUGGAAUGAGACAUUUAAUUUUAUAAUAAAAUCAUGUUUGAUACAGUAAAUUCAUACCCUCAUACAGAGUUUUUGUAAGGCAUGACCUAUUGAUAAAUAGAGAAUUAUCAUAUGUUGUAUUGAUUCAGAAGAUGCACUAUGCAAAGUUUAUAAAAUAUAGAUUAAGUGGAUUGAGAACUGUCAAUAGGCAGAAGAAAUAAUUGUCUGAUUGGAAUGCUCUAUUUUGUUUGGUUUCUCCAGGGAUCAGUUGUUACAUGAAAACUGGUUAACAUUUCCAACUGUGAUUUUAAGGAAAAUACAAAGCAGAUAAAACUCUACAGAUGACAUAAGCAUAAAUAGGGUGGUAGCAAGAAGAGCAAGCUACUCAAAGAGAUCUGAAUAACUUGCUAAGUAUAUUCAAACCAAAUGCAUUUUCUUACAGGCAGGAGAAAUAUAAUUAAGUAGGAACAUACUAAAUAAAAGGAACAGGAAUAAAAGUCAUUCUUACAAAAGGACCCUAAAAACUUGCCAAGUCACAGAGAAUACACAAGAUUACAUGAGUUCUUACUGUGUUGUCCUACUAAAAAAAAAAAAUGGGCUCCUUGCAUGGCCAAAGAGGGGCAGAAAGUAGGGAUGGUGAAAUCUUCAGCAAAAACAGCUAACAAGAUUCCUGUUGGCCUAAAUAUGAGUGUGGGAAGUAGCAGUGAGUGAUUAGUAUUUGAUACCUCAUGGGGAAAUCCUGGGCACCACAAUUGCAUGCAAGCUGGAAAACUGGAGACAGCUCAGAAAAAAACUGGGUCCCAUGGUGGGACUGUGGCUUAAAGAUGUAAGAAAACCUUAAAGAAACUAACAAAUUAAACUAUCUAAAAUAGGAAGACUGGAUGGUGAAUUGAUUAUGGUAUAGAAUGUUGAGAAGAAAAUACCACCUACUAAUGACCUAUUUUAAUUUGAGAACGAUCCAAGAGAAGCCAUGAAAGGUUGAAGCCAAACAGUCCACUAGUAUGGUUCUUGCCUACUGUAAGAAACCCUCAUAUGUGCAGAGGCUGAGAGAAUGGGGAAUGUCUGGAGGGGAGAAGGGUGGAUCUUGUACUUCUUUAUACUUCUAGGCACAAGUAUAAAUUGUGAGAGGGAAGGCAUUUAAACAAAAAAAAAAAAAAAAAAAAAAAAAAGGCUUUAUGGUGAUAGUGACCAUACUUAGUAACAUUGGUUGUGUGUUUAUGGCUUUGAAGACAUUCAAAAGAUGAUUGGACAAGGGUCUGGUAAACUUUCUCUAGCUGUCCCUCUUUUGAGAAGGAGAUUGGUGUAGGCAGUCUUCAUAUGUCCUGUCUGGUAUCAGCCAUGCUGCAAUUCCACAUUUUUUAUUUUAAAGACACUGUGUUGUAGCUAAGGAUGUUUAGGGCUCCCAAAUGUAUCUCCUUUGGAAUUGCUCAGCAUGGUCUUAGCAAAACUGUAUGCCAAAUACAAAACCAGUUUGACAAUCAAAGGUUAGCAAGAUUUUAGGAUUUACUCCAAAUUAAAGUAAACCUGAACUGAUGGAACACUGACAUCUUUGGGGAAACAAAUCAAGCUGCCCAUGCCAUCAGGACCCAGGCUGGUUUUUCACAGGAGCCAAAUAUGCCAAUGAGGAUCAGGGAUUCAGUGCUGCCUGACAAAGGUAAUGUGACAGGAUAAUGUGGCAAUGACCAGGAUUGUUUCUCCGUCUCCUUUGUCAAAGAGCCUUGAGACUUCAGUAGAAGAGGUUUCUGCUGCCAGAAAGUUGUGUGAUGCCUAGUGAAGUGAUGAAAUCAGCACUGUGACUGCAUCAUGCAUGUGCUGGUGAUGGGGACAAGGCUGCAAUGAAGCAAGCGUGAAUUUGAGCACAGUGGCAAAAAGCCCUGCCCUGAACCAAGUCCCCAACUCAGGAUUCUUUUCUCAGUAGCUUGUUCAUAAUUGCAGCUGGAUUUCUUAAAUCAAUGAAUAAACAGACCUAACAAAGACUAUCCCCAGCGGGUCUGGAAAAGGAUCUGGUUGCCCCCAGUGCCUCCUGAGCAGCUGAAUGGAACAGAGCUGUGCAAACACACCAGCCCUUUGCAGCUGCAGCCUCUGUCUGCAGGAGGGCUGGCCAGGUGCCCUGCACUGUGAAAGGCAACAUUUCAGCUAAUGUAGGCAAAGGGGAUGGGGUGGAUCUGGUGUCAUCCCCAAAAGGGCAUCAGGUGGAUCUGAAGAGGAGGGAAAAAUGCAGUACUUCACUCCUCUCUGGGAUGGAAUGAAGAGAGAAAUCAGAUAGUUACCGAGCUCACCAUACUGUGAGUUCUGACUACAUGUCCAAGAAGUUUGAAUCCAGCCCCUGGUGCCCAGAUGCCUGCAGCACACUGCGUGCACAGGCUGGGAGCAUGGAUCCCAUGGCUUUUGGUGGGAUGUAUGCUCUGUAUUUCUGGAUCUCCUUGUGCACCUCACUAUGCAUUCUGUUUCCACUUCUGCACUAUACAGUCCAUGUGACUCCUCAAUAGCUACACUCAGCAGCAGCCUGGGGAAUAUGAUACAGAUGAGAGACUGCAGGGUGCAGGGAAAGUAUGGGCCACCAAUGCAGGCAGAUGGGUUGAGUCCUGGAUCUGUUAACUGAACUGAUAGUUUGAUUGUAACUCUUCUCCCAGUUAGGAAGUGUUGUUAGGAAGAAGUGAGAGUGAAGAAGUCAUCUUGCUAGACAGAGAUGUGAAAAUUCAGGCUGAUUUGAAAGUGAUUACCUAAGUCCUGAUAAUGGUUAAGCCAUGUCCCAGAUGAAUCAUCUCAGAAUUAAAAUACUGAAUGCUAAAGAGAGCCUGUAGGCAAAUUUUUUGGGCAACUGUCCCCAAAAUAGAGACUGUGUUGCUAUGCUGGCUGAACUCAGAACAAACAGCAGGGUAGGAACAAAUGGCAUAGUGGAGUUAAUGUCAUCUUCUCCUUCUACAGGAAGAAUAAUGAAAGUCACUCUGUUGUGGAAGUUGGAACAAUGACUAAAAGCAGGGUAGAUAUCCAGCCUUCAGGGAUUUAGCAGUUAGGCUUCUGGAGUAAUUUCCAGAAGCUUGCAUAUAACUUUCCUUCUGCUUUGUCAACUCCAAAACUGUUACUUCCAUUCUUUUCUACUUAAAUCCCAUAAAUGUCAUUACUGUGACUGAAUCAGUUUCUUAAGAAGGGUGGUAUUCCCCAGCAUUCCUUGAACAAGACCACAUGCUAACCACUCUUGUGACUCUUCCCACCCUGCAGGUAAAUGUCAGGGCUUGAGAUUUUAGAAGGACUGAGCAUGAGUUACAAGAAAUGAAUGGGAGAAAACAUCUCAGGCCAGGGAAAAUGACAGGGCAGAUGUAGGACUGCAUGAUGUGUGAGCCUAAUUCCUCCCACACUGCUAGUUCUCGAGUUUUGACUUUCACUUCAAAGACAAAGCAGACCAAAGCUUUGUUAAAAACCAUAAAAUAUGGCCUUGUUAUAAGCAACUCUCCUGAGCACAAGGAUAGGAAGAGAAAGUAGCUAGGAAAUAAAAGUGGUGGAUUUUGUUACCUUUCAUUCUUACUUAUGUAGGGGCACGUUGGUGACAACUGCAACCCAACUGAUGUCUUCUAGAGCUGCCUGUAGCUGAGAAGCCAUGAGAAAUCAUAAAAUGCCAUUGUCAUGCCAAAGAGCUGCACGAUUGAAAGUGACUUGGGGCACAAGAUACUUGGUCCCUGACAUGGAGUUUCAGCUUCUAGCCUUUUUUUACCUCUAUCCUGCAUCCCUGGGUGGAGAUGCAGAAACCAGAGGGAAAUACCUUAGACAGGAAGAUCAAAGGAACUGCCUCCAUGUUUUUCAUAUCCCAUAGCUUGCACUGUACCUCGCUACCCAUACUGUAAUUUUAAUUCCCCUUGUGAUGUGCUGUGCUAUCACACAGUGUUACUGCUGACCACAAGAAGAGAAGAGACUACUACUAAAUCCCCUAAUGACUAGUAUCAGCCAGCAUCCUAGAUUUCCCUACUUAGGAUGCACCAAGAUCUGAUAGCCAGGCACACCAGCCAAUAAUCUGGGCUUGCCCAUAUACAGGUCUGCCUGUUGCUGUGGUACAUUUGUUUUCUUUCCCCUGGGCUGACAGGCAGCUGGGCAUGUUUAUAAGCCCUGUGUCUUGGCUCAUAAACAUAUAAGCUUAUAAACAGCUUUGUGCAAGAGAGGGAGGAAAGGGGAUUUGGCCUGGCCCAGGGUGGUGACAGAAGGCAGUCAUGGCUGUCAAACAGACUAAUUGCACUUCAAAUCCUCUUUGCUGUUUACAAGCUUCCCCCCACCAAGGACUUGUGUUUCUGGCUAGCACCUGUGUCUCAGGGUAGACUCACACAAGGCUGCAGCUUCUGUGGUAGCCACCUUUUGUGUGCUAACUCAGAGUACAACUUCCACCUGUACUUUGACGUAUUUCUUAGGGGAUAGCAUGAAAAAUGAUUCAUGACUGAAGUUAUUUAAUGAGGUGCUCAGGAGAAAAUUGACCUUGAGUGGUAAAACACUAGUUUUUUAAAGUGUGUAUCUGACAUCUAGAUAUACAGAGCUGGCUUCAAGCAAAGCAGUCAUGUUGCCAUGAUUAGAGGUGGUGCAGAUGUCUUGAAGCUGAUGCUUGAGCAGUCCUGUGUCCUUGGCCCCAGUGUUGCCCAGUGUCUGGCACAGCUGGUUGUCUUCCCUUCUGCUGGCAGAUUAGCCGAUGGAAGCAGAGCAAGGACAGAAAUGUCCAGGCAUUGGUUCACAUCUGCUGAUUCUGCUCUUUCAAAAUCCAGGUAGAGAAAAAAUGGUAGCUUUCACAUCCCCUUGUUCUGUCACUAUCAGUUGUUGCAGAUGACAUUUGCUUUAAGAUACUAUUUUAUCUUCCUCUUCAGGACAGUAUAUCUCACAGAGAUUGCUAAAUGAAGAACUAAUUCACAGUUCUCUUCCCAGGGGCAUCCUGGACAGGCUUAACUCCUGACAAUUCCUUCAGCAGAGCCUCUCUCUGCUUUACCCUGCACCCCUUUCUCUAGUUGCUUCAUGACUUUUGGCUGAUGAAUCCUCUUUGAAGAAACCAAAACACAUUUAAUUGUUCAUACCUUUAUAGUUGAUAAGCCCUUUGUUGC